AUGGAGUCGCUUGCCUCGCAAGCGAAGCCGGCUGCCGUGCUCUGGCUCGCCGGCUUCCUCCAGGCCGCGCGUCUCCACCGCGUCGUCUCCUUCUGCGUCAGCUCGAGGGCUCUGUCGAUCAGAAUCGCUCAGUGCUUCCUGCUCAACGGGUUUAUCUUCCUGGGGAGCUUGCUAACCUUGAAAUCAGUGGUCAUUCCAACUCUUCUAUGGAUACUGCCCAAGCAAUGCGAUCAAUCAUGGGGACAACAUCUAUGUGAACACACAACAGCUGUUGCCUUGUAUUCGUUCUUACGUUCGGGGCUUGUCGAGAUUUUCUAUGUAUUUUGGUUUUAUCCCCUCUACAUCUUCAGCUUUAUAAUAAGUACACUUUGGUAUGGUGACAUUGCUAAGCAUGCUUUGGCUGUUGUGAAAAGUAAGAAGCUGGAUGCAAGUCAAGCACCUGACUCUGACCCUCACAGCACAUCUGUAUCAGCAGAUAGGCCUGAAGGAUUUGAUGGGGUUGCGAUUGGUGUUGGAGAGCAGGUCUAUUCGAUACUUCUUUUGACUAUUUUCUUUGCUGAGGUUACAGUGAUUGGUUACAUACCUUACCUUGGUAAGGCAAUGAACUUCAUGUUACUGUCUUUGAUGUAUGCCUACUACUGCUUCGAGUACAAGUGGAACUUCUUUGCAGUGAGCCUGAAUCACCGGCUUGAUUUCUUUGAGUCAAAUUGGGCUUUCUUUGCCGGAUUUGGUAGUCCAUGUGUACUUCCGAUUUUCUUCUUCUCUCCUCUUACAAGUUAUGGUGUGAUGGCAAUACUAUACCCACUGUUUGUCAUGACAGCUGCUGGUACACAAGAAGAGCAAACCAUUGAUGAACUGAAAUCUUUGCAUGGAGGGAAACUGAAUAGAAUACCCUUGUUCUUUGUCGCGAAGCGACUAACGACGCAAGCGCUGCAGUUGCUCCCAGAGGCACAAAAGGAGCAAUGA